AUGGAUUGUACCAUACCAUCGCGAGAAUUCUUUGUGGUAAAUUACCCCGGUAUAGUUAAAAACGAUGAACGUGCUCUCCAGACCCUGGGAGGGAUGCAAGAGCUCAACAAGGUAAUUUGUAUUAUUGAACAAACCCUCCAUUUUUGUUUCCCUGUUAAUGGCGAAAUUUCAUCCCCUUAUAUGCAGAAUACAUUCAACUCCAUCACACGACGCCUGCGGCUCACAUUCAGGCCUGAAAUGCUCUACGCCAAGCCAGUUUACGGCGACCCCAGCCCUCGAACGGCCCUCAUUAUUCGCGCGAGGCAGCUCAAAAACAGACGGACCGGGGAGACCAAGGUCGUCACUGAGGUGCUUGGUGUGGGCUCGCGGGUGUACAAUUUCACCGCCAUGGCCGACUUCCAGUACGGGCCAUUCGAGAAAGUCGCCACUGAUGUUGACGCGGCGAGUGACUUUCGUGUCUUCUACGACCGACUGACGGUGCGCGAGCCCGUGCGCGUGCUGGACCCCCACCUCAAGGCCACCGAUGUGCCCCUCUUCCUCCCGCCCCUCAGCUUCACCCGACUCGAUCAGCCAACCAUGUACUGCUUCUCGUCGCGAUUUCGAAUGAACGAGUACGUGGAGCUGGAGAACAGGAGUCAGCUCCAUCCCUACCAUCGGAAGGAGCGCAAGAGUUACGCCGUCUUCGUCAACUUUGGCGAGCCCACUCCCGCAGCCGCUCAUCCCGGUGCUCUCCAGACUAUCACGAAUUUAGGCACGCAGACUCGGAAACUGGCGCACGACGUUGAAAAGCUAUUCCAACGACGUCCGAUCUGGGGCAAGGCGGCGCUGAUCCACAGCUUGAAUUGGAAGCGAGUUCGGGAGUGCGCUAUCAAGACUAUUCUACCCGCUUACGCCUACUACGUGCCCAAUGGACCGUGGGGUCGCGUGUGGGUCCGUUUCGGCUACGAUCCUCGUGUUGAGCCCUCCUCUCGCAUCUACCAGACUGUGGAUUACCGUGUGCGUUCGCCGCGGCUGCAGGCCAAGCUGUUCGGAUCGGGUCGAAGGCAGCGCUCAGAGGCGCGCGGGGACUCGGAUUUCUCGGGUUCAGAAGUCGACGAGGCCAGAGACGCGUCCGUCUUCGACGCCUCCCUGGCCGCCGUCCACUUGGGCGAGGCACCACCGACUAGUGCGUCGACGAAAAGCACGAGUGCCUUCCGCUUCAGCAAGACAAGUUGGCCCGACGCCAGACAGAUCCUCUACCAGCUAGUGGACAUCGAAGUGCCCGAGGUGGUGGAGAUGCUGGCGGCGCCUGUUUCGCGGACAGUCUGCGACUCGGUCUACGGCUGGAUGCCUGCGGAUUACCAGAAGGACAUCCGCGAAAUUAUGACCCGCUACCUCGAGAUGUGGGCCCUCGGUGAGAGUCACGUUUCGCUGCCUCAGGAUCCCAAAAUAGCCUGGUCAAUCAGUUGCAUCGGUAUAAAUGCCUGUUUUGAUAGGCUCAUGGGUGACCAAUCAGACGGUAGUUUCCAUAGUGACCGACACGCCUUGUCAGUCAAUGAUAUUGCCAGCAGCUCAAUGCCGCCUGAUUUGAAACCCGCUGUAGCCUCUGAGAGGGCGCGUGGGGGACCCAAGUGGGAAUCACUUACAAAAGCCGUAGACAAGAUGGAGUGCGAAGGUGACAUUCCACUUCAGUUGCCUGAUCAGUGUUUCAUGGGAAGGUCGAUGGGUCGCAGAGCCUUCGUUGUGAGCAAGCACGCUCCCUGCCACGGUCGCGUUCACUCUGAUGUCGUCGAGACUGCCAACUUCUCGGUGCUGUGCGAGUACACCUCGGCCGCGAUCAAUCCUCGGCCGAACUGCAUGGCCGUGCAACGCUUCCACCACGCUGGCCGGCCUCAAAUGCUCGCCUACGGCAGCGGUAGAGUUGUUUGCCUCGGUCUGGAGGUCAACAAUGACAUGCGUGUGUUCAAGACGCUGGCGGCACAAGCGGACACAGUCACAUGUGUCGCGUGGAUUGACUCCUUCAAGGGACCUACCUUCAGCAGGUUCCGCAGCCUCCUCAUCUCCGCCUCGUCUGAUGGCAAGUCGCGCACUCCAACACGCUCUCGCAGCAUCAAGAUCUGGGACGUGGAUGAGGGCGCGCAACGCGAAGUCGCAUCCUUCAGUGUCUCCACGUCAGUCGCCUGCGUGCAUGGCUGCUACGUGGACGAAUCCGAGACGCGGGUCGUGGUAGGUGCGGUGAGCCAAAACACGGUCUUUGGGUGGAGCCUGACGAUCACCUACGACACAGACGGCGCCGUGGCCACGAUGGAAGAACAGCCAGGCGGGGCGUUCCGCGUCGACCAGGGGUCUGACUCGUGUCUGGCGUUGCGUCUCGUCUGCCUACCGGGGCCGAUGGUUCUGCUCUUCGUCGGAAUGACGACGGGCGGCUUGGACGUGUGGAUCGUGAAGCCGGAUGCGUGGGAACCGAGCCACGCCGCCACCCUGCGAGGCCACACCGAUUGGCUUACCUGCGUGGACUGCGUGAAGAUGUAUCCGACGGAGGACGAUGCCGCGUCUGGGGUCAGUGGACACCACGCCUUGGUGGCGACGGGUUCUCAGGACAACCACAUUCGUGUCUGGCACAUUCAGCUCUUUGAGGGCGCGCAAAAACUCUCUGGUGAAAAGGGUGCACAACUGGCCCUGCCCGCGCCCUUUUCCGCCACCCACCGACUGCUCGCGCGGCUGGAGAGCGUCAUCGCGGGUCACGACAACUGGGUGACGGGUUUGGCGUGGUCCCCCGUGUCGUGGACGCCCUCUUCUCGUCCCCAGCUGCUCUCCUCCAGUCGCGACAAGUCCCUCAUCAUCUGGGCCCCCUCUCGACCACUGUUCAGCCAAUCACCUGGCCCCAGAGGCGACGAUGACCUCGACAUGUGGCUGGAACAGGCGAGAUUCGGAACUGUUGGCGGCAACCUCCUUGGUUACCAUGGCUGCGCGUGGGGCAACUACAACAACGAGGUCUUUGGACACGGCUUCUGGGGUGACCUCUCCAUUUGGUCGACUGAAUCGGAGCCCCGUAUCACGCUGACUGGACACUUUGGUGCAGUCACGAGUCUGUCGUGGUGCCGCGAUGUCGUCGAUGGUGUCCCACUGAAGACGCCUGAGGCGUCUCACAGCCUCGACUACCCAACGUACCUGUUAACUGCCAGUCGAGAUUUCACCGUCCGUCUUCAUGGUCUGUUCUACACCGAAGGAAGCGGUUGCAAUCCGCCAGUGCAAAUGUGGCGCGAACUCGCGCGUCCCCAGGUGCACGGCUACGAGAUGAACGAUGUAGUCAGCCUGGACGCAGUUCGCUACGUGUCGGCGGGUGAUGAGAAAGUGGGACGUGUGUUUUCCGCGACUAGGGGCUUUGUUGAAAGCACGCUCAGCGACGCCACGAUUGUUGCUCAUCCGAGUCUUCAGUCAUUGGCUGCUGGCGCAGUUCAGCCGGCGUUGGGUCUUUCCAACCAAGCCGAUGCUGGAGGAGCGGAUGACGACGGUGGACGGGGUGAUCGUCUUGGUAAUCCACUUUACCCGCCAACUGAGGCCGCUCUCUCUGAGGCGACUCUAUGGACAGAAACCAACAAGCUCUACGGUCACGGCUACGAGGUGUAUUGCCUGGCAGCUCACCCCAAAGGCUCUCUGGUUGCGUCGGCGUGCAAGGCCUCAAAAGAAGAGUUCGCGAAGGUCUUCCUUUGGCGGACGGACACCUGGCAAGUUCAUCAGCACCUCCCCUUCCACCAGCUCACCGUGACCCAGAUGCGCUUUGACUCGACUGGGGACCGUCUUGUCUCGGUGUCACGUGAUCGCACCUGGGCGUUGUGGAAGGCAGAGCCCAGUGCCGACGGUCAGACGCCGCCCACCUUGAAACUUCACAAACGAUCGCCACCUGGGAAGGACGGACACUCCCGCAUCAUUUGGGCCUGCGCCUGGUUGCCCGACAAUAGUGCAUUUGUCACAGCCUCGCGCGACAAACACAUCAUGGUUUGGGAUGGCGAUAGCGGUGCCCGUUUGGGACCCCCACACUCCCUCUCUGAGGCCAUAACCGCUUUCGACGUUGCGUCAUCGAUUUUCGGCCAGAAAUUCUCCUUCGCAGUUGCCGGUUUCGAGUCGGGCGGAAUUGAGCUGCUGGCGAUAUCAUUGGCUGACAAGGCGUGUCGGUCGCUGUGGAAACUGCCAUCUGAUUGGUCACACAUGGGAGUGUGUGUGCGGCGAUUGGCCUUGCACCCAUUGGACGACGAGUGGGUGGCUCUUGCCAGUGGCGGCGACGAUGGCGUAGUCCGAGUCUUCAGGAUCUCCCCUGCAUCCCUGAUGGAGUUGGAAGGUGGAGGCGGAGGAGAAAGAGGUAGCGACAGCGCCAAUGCAUAG